CAAACUGACCAAUCACGAAACCGAUCCGCGUUGUUUCGGUAACAGUCGCUUGGUGUCGCAACGAUCGCUUACGCCAUCGAACUCUCAAUCAGUUUUGUUUAGCGUGCGUUUCGCCGUCGCGUUUCCCCGCAACAAUUUAAAUAUAGACAGAUUCUUGUGCCCCUUUGCGGAAUUUCCGAGCCUUUGAACCAUGAGCGACAGAGAGGGGAGCCGUUCGCCAGUCGAGAGGAAAUCGAUGAUCGACCGCGACCAUUCGCCCCACGGCAGGCGGGAAAACUCGCCAAGGAAUCACAAGGCCAGAUCUUACUCAAGAAGUCCCAGUCGCGGAAGGAAAAUGUCGUACAGAGACAGUGAUCGUGAUCGGGAGAGGAGAAGAGACAGGGAGGAUCGUGAGGACAGACGUGACAGGUCUCGCAGUCGCUCGCGCUCAGACAGACGUCACAAGUCCGCGAGGUACUCGCGCGGCAGUAGGUCGCGGUCGCCGCCCCAGGGUGGCGGCCACGUCGCCCCUUACGGCGGCGGUCGUUCGUCGCACUCUCACAGUCCUAUGUCUAGCCGCAGGCGCCACACCGGCACCCGCGACAACCCGAAACCGUCACGCUGUCUAGGCGUAUUCGGCCUGUCCGUCUACACCACCGAGGACGAGCUGUUCCACAUCAUGAGCAAGUACGGACCGGUCGAGAGGGUCCAGGUCGUCAUCGAUGCUAAGACUGGGCGAUCAAGAGGAUUUUCGUUCGUGUAUUUUGAGACAUCUGAAGAUGCUAAAAUCGCUAAAGAGAACUGCACCGGUAUGAAAAUCAACGGAAAGAGCAUAAGGGUGGAUUAUUCGAUAACCGAAAGGGCGCACACGCCCACACCCGGUAUUUACAUGGGCAAACCUACCUAUAAAUAUAGUGAUCGUUAUGACAGAAGGCGAGGAGACAGAGACGAUUAUUACAGGGGUUCAAGGUACAGCCAUAGACGCUCACCCUCGCCGUACUACAGACGUCGCCGCUACGACAGGUCCAGAUCUCGCAGUUAUUCGCCACGUCGUUUUUAAACAUCGUGGAGCCUCUUCGUGUUUUGUUUAAUGGACACUUUAAAGUACAUAACAUAGAUGUAUAUUAUUACUAUUAUGAAUUAAUUUUCGAUUGUUCGCUCAUGCCAUUACAUAGUUUUUAUCAAAUCUAUGGCAUAAAACAGUGAAUUUCAUUUCGAUUUUUUGUAUAUGUACGUUUUGCUGACGCGUUUGUUCAUGUAGUCAUGGACAUUUUCGUUGAUUUUUUCGGCCGGUAGUGCACCGGCUCCAUCAAUUCAAAAUUAGUACCAAAAAUAAUAUUGUAAGGGGUUCAUCAUUUCUAUAAGAAUUGCCGAGAUAAUGUGGGAUACCUUGAACAACUGAGUAUUUUCAUCAUGUUCUUUUUGAGAGCGUGUGAAUGUAACACAACACAGGUGCCUUCGCAAAUAUAUUCAAUUUUUGUUUUUUGGAUGUCGGGUUAUUUUUGUACAGGUAAUUUCAUUUGGAUGUCAUUGAUUUGAGUUGAAAGUAUCCCAUAUUAUCGUUAGUGAACGUCCCGUUUCCAUUGUUCAUUCUGUACGGCAAUAACAAAAAAGAGAAUAGCAUAAUCUAUGUCUUACUUUUUUCAAUUGUUUUAUAUUAUGUGACUUAGAUAAGUAUUAAUAAAUGUUUAAUUUCACCACUAA